UUGGCAGGUGGCUGAUGGGAUCCAGAUGUGGGCCUGGCUUGUGUGUGCGUGUGAGCGUCCGGCAUCCAGCUCCCAGCGCGUGAAUCCACCCAGCCAGACCCACGGCGCCGCCCGGACUGUCCUGUGCUGCUCCCGGCCUGCGCAUUGCCCCGAGUCCCCCCACAGCCCCAUGAUGCUGCGUGUGCUGCUCCUGGCGGCCCUGCUAGGCCUGGCGGGGGCCCUGCCCUUCGAGCAAACGGCCUUCUGGGAUUUCUCCAUGGACGAGGGCCCGGCCCUGCAGAACGAUGAGGAGGCCUCGGGCGUCUUCCCCACCUCGGGGGUCCCUGACUUCGAGGACGUCGUCACCACCUACGGGGGCCUGUGCCCGUUCGGCUGCCACUGCCACCUGCGGGUGGUGCAGUGCUCUGACCUGGGCCUGAGAACGGUGCCCAAGGAAAUCGCCCCCGACACGAAGCUGCUGGAUCUGCAGAACAACCAGAUCACGGAGCUGCGGCGGGACGACUUCAAGGGGCUGCAUCACCUCUACGCCCUGGUCCUGGUGAACAACAAGAUCUCGCGGGUGCACGAAAAGGCCUUCAGCCCCCUGCACCGGCUGCAGAAACUCUACAUCUCCAAGAACCUGCUGGGCGAGAUCCCGGCCAACCUGCCGCCCUCCCUGGUCGAGCUGCGCAUCCACGACAACAAGAUCCGCAAGGUGCCCAAGGACGUCUUCAAGGGGCUCAGCAACAUGAACUGCAUCGAGAUGGGGGGCAACCCCCUGGAGAACAGCGGAUUCGAACCCGGCGCCUUUGACGGCCUGAAGCUCAAUUAUCUGCGCAUCUCAGAGGCCAAACUGACGGGUGUCCCCAAAGACCUGCCUGAGACCCUCAACGAGCUGCACCUGGAUCACAACAAAAUCCAGGCCAUUGAGCUGGAGGAUCUGAUCCGCUACGGGAGGCUGAGCCGGCUGGGGCUGGGGCACAACGCCAUCCGGAUGAUCGAGAACGGGAGCUUGGCCUUCGUCCCGGCGCUCCGGGAGCUGCACCUCGACCACAACCGGCUCCCCCGCGUGCCGGCCGGGCUGCCCGGCCUCCGCUUCCUGCAGGUGGUGUACCUGCACGCCAAUGACAUCACGCAGGUGGGGGUGAACGAUUUCUGCCCCGCGGGCUUCGGGGUGAAGCGAGCCUAUUACAACGGCAUCAGCCUCUUCGGAAACCCGGUGCCCUACUGGGAGGUGCAGCCGGCCGCCUUCCGCUGCGCCACCGACCGCCUGGCCAUCCAGUUCGGCAACUACAAGAAAUGAGCGGGCCGGGCCGGGCCGGGCCGGGGGGGGCGGGGGGGGGGGCAGCAGGGGGGCGGGGGGUGCAGGGAAACCGGAGGCCUGUUGGGUCCAGCGCGGGGCCCCGUUACCUGCCAUGCUGGGGGGGCUCCGUGCCGUGGGGAGCAGAUCUAGGGCAGCUGCUCCCCGCAGCAGCGGCCCCCGGUUCUGCAUUGUCCCUGCUGGCAGUGACUCAGUCACCCACGGAGGGUUGGGGGGCAGGUGGGGCCCCUGCUAUGUACCUUCAAAGCACAUGCCCCAGCGUCGGCAGGAUCGGGGCCACUGGGAUCUUACUGCCAAUCCUUGGAAAGUUUGCCAGCCCCUCCCCCCAACCCCCCCAGGACCGUUUGCCCCCCACAUCAUGACAACAGGGUGGGAAGGUUGCGGUCUGGCCCCAAACAGGUUAGGAUUUUGCAACUGGGGGGGGAAGGCCCCCAAAGGUGACAAAAUCUCGCAAGAGAAUUGCAAACACAUCUACAAGGAAAAUCUUGAAACCAUCAGGGAGGAAAUGUUGCGGGGUGGGGGGAAUGGAGAAAAUUUGUAACGAUUGUGGCGACAAAAGCCCCCAAAUCUUCGCACGCAGCUUGCAUGAGCCUGCAGGAGAACUUUGCUGGCUGACUUCUUUGCACAUCGGCGAGAAACGGCAACGAGGUUGGAACCCGAAGCCUGAAACCCCAGCCCCCCCUUUGCACCUUUUUUUGGAAACACGUUUGCAUGAAUGUUUUGCCCUAAAAGCGUCAUGGAAGAAAUUGUAAAAAAUGUGCAAGAAACUUCUUGCCACAUUUGCAUGAAAAUGUAAGAAAAGAUUGAAAAAAAAGAAAGUCAUGAAGAAAAGCGCAAAAAAUGUUGCACGACAAUUUGUAAAAUACAUUUGCAUAGACAUGCACGAGCUUUGCAACAACAACAACAAAAUCAUCCCGUAAUUUUGAAUGAAAAUCCAAGAACAUUUCACCCCCCAAAAUUAACAUUUGCAUUAUAGUACAAAAGUAUUUCGCAAAAAAGUCAUUGGGAAAUUUGCAAAAGAAAAUGUAUAGAUUUGCAUGAAAAAGGAAAAAAUUGCUAAUGCGGUCAUGCAGAAAAUGGCAAAUAUUUUGAAAAAAAUCUUUAAUACAUUUGUAUGAAAACGCAUGACAGUUUUGCAAAAACAAGUUUUUAAAUUGGCGAUAAAAUGCAAGAAAGUCACAGAGAAAAUUGCAAACAUUUAUUUUAAAAAUAUUUGGAAAUUUGCAUGAAAACUCAAACAUAUGCACAAAAUGGCACCCCCCCCCAAAGGCAAGAAGAAAACUGAACACUUUUUGAAAAAGAAAUAUCAAACACAAUCUGUAACAAUUUACGAGAAAAAGUCAUCAUGAAAAUUCUAGACAAAAUUUACCAACAAUCACUGAAAAUAUUGCAAAACGUGACCGAAGAUCGUGCAAAAUGUGCAUAACGACUUGUGAAAAUUUUGCAAAGGCAAAAAUGUGGAAAAGACAUGGCAAAAUCGUGCAAAACUGUUGCAAAAAUCUCCCGACCCCAAGUGGCAAACAUUUUGCAUACAAAGCGCGCUCCAUGUUUCACUAAUUAGUGCAAAUAUUUCCCGCUAAGUUGUCCGAGACGCGUGUGCACAACUCCUUGGCAGGAAGAUCUGUUCCAAUCUCGCAAGCAUCAGCAUUUGCAGCCCUGCAUCUCGGAAGCCCCUCGGGGGCGUGGGCGUGAAAUUUCCCGCUUUGCACAAGUUUGCUGCCUCCUUCUCCUUGUUCCCAAAAUGCACGUCCGGGGCCCCGCUCCAGCCAUGCUCCUUGACACGCGCCGGUGCUUGCAAGACCUGAUUCCCUCCCGCUGCAGCCAAGAUUUGGUGGGAUGGGGGCACAGGGGGGCCAGGACCCUGCCAGGCAAUGGGGAGAGUGCACCCCCCCAGGGAUGAUCCUGCUGGGUACAUGUAGCAUGGGGAGCCUAGCAGCUCCCCACCAUCCUCAGAGUUCACGCCACCCCCUUAGUGCCCAACCCCAAAGCCCUGGAUUUCCACUGCGCCCCUGGCACCAGGACCCCCGGGCACCCCGACCUGCGAGCCGAGGACCCCCCCGCGGUUGUGACUGGGUGUGUAACGUCGUGUGCAAUAGAAACGCCGAGAACGGCGGCUAAUAAAAGUUAGUGUCGGGUU